AUGGAGGAGUGGAGGGGCUACACGGCUGAGGACCGCAGUGACUCCUCGCCGUCCUCUUCGAUUGACGGAUCAUCCGAUGUCAUGUCCUACACACAGAAAGCCAAUGCAGCAGACUACCUCUUUUUCUCCCAGCCUCAGCAGCAGCAAGCCCAGCAGCAGCAGGUGCUGGUGCAGCAGUAUGCGCAGCAACAAACCCACAACCCCCAACAGCAGCCCGCUGAGCAACCGCACCCAGAGCAGGGGCUGGCAGAGCAACAGCAGGCCCUGCAGAUGGCAGACUACGUUGAAAGGGAACAGCAGCGGGAACGAGAGGUUGCACGAAAACAGCAAACUGCGCUGCGCCGCGGUCUCUUUUCCGUAACGGAGCUAGAGGACUGGAUGGGGGAGGACUGCCCGCAACUGGACCGGCAAUGCUUGAUUCGCUUCCCACUAGAAGUUGCAGAAACUCUGCGUCAGCGAUUGCACAAUGCUGCCGCUGCUGCUGCUGCCGCUGCUGCAGAAGGUGCAGAGCUACCCGAACCAGGAGCGGCAGCACUCGGGCUAACCAUUGUGCCAAGACCAGACUACAAUUACAGGGCGUUUGAUGUUAAAGUUUCAGGUUACCGAGGUCGGUUGCGGGGCAUCUUGGUUGAGUUGCCUACGUUGAUAGAAACCUAUAAAUCUGUGGACUCUGAUAUCCUCUUCAAAUCGGGUGAUGUGUGCCAGAUGCUGUACGUCUUCGAUCCGCAAGUUAGCAAUAUGGACUUGAGCAGUCUGUGUGACAAGCAGCAAUGGGAGUGGCGGGCGGGCCUCACUCCACCGACGCAUCGGAUCAGGAGCAGAAAGUUCAAGAACAUAGAUUUGUUUGAUCGAGAGGAGAUAAGAGAUGCGGAACUGGAACUGCUGCAUGGCCUGCGUCGUGACACUUAUGAGAUAGAAGUCCAUACUGAAUUGGAUAUGCUAGAAGCUCGAAAUAAAGAGCAGGAACAACCGUCCCAGCCGCAGUCACAGGGAAAAGGGUCGUCUUCGGAAGCUCCGAAAGUGGAACGUGUGGUUCUCAUGACUGAAGAUGUGACAGCGUUGCUACAGCUGGUAGACCAGGAUGACGAAUACCUUUCAGACGCCUCCGAUAUUCUUUUUUCCAUUCAAGCAGAGGGUGCAUCUCUCUCUGGGGCUGACGCAAUCGCUCGACCCAGAAGAGGCAGGGGGGCUGCCACGGGGGCCCCUGGGGGCCUCUCGCGAAAUGCCUCAAGUGGGGGCUUAGAUAGGCAGGAUGUGGAGGCGUCUCAAGUGGGUCUUAUGGCUUCACGAGCACAACUACAGCUGCAAAUGGGGCAGCAGCAGCAGCAGUUGCUGGUGCAGCAGCAGCUAGGGCAGCAGCCACUUCUGCUGCCGCAAGGGAUGCCAGACGUUGUGCACCCUGUUGGAGGCAUGAACGAAGCAGAGGAGAGAGAGCGCCUGCGCCUUCGGAAGGAAAAGAGGCGGCAGAAGAAGGAUAGGAAGCGAGCUCGCAGGGAGCACAGACUACAGCAGCAGCUGAUGCAGCAGACUGGCAUCGCUCCCGAUCCUACAAGUGGUCCCUGUGAUCCGGAGGGAACUGUCAUGGCCCCCGGAUCAGCGGAACUAACCCAUGGAGGAACUCAAGGUAGCAUCGGACAGGGUGUGGGAGGACUGGAAGGCAAUGAAGACGAUUACGACGGUCUCAGUUCGAUAGCCAGUGCAGACGGGCAGUGA